UCAAAAUUUUAAUCAAAAUUAAAAGUAAAUUCCAGCCGUAAUCCCGACUACACAGCCGGCCGGAGAAUGUCGAUAAACGUGGAACGUCAUACGGCUAUAUCGCCUUUGGAGCUCAUGAAGACUCUGACCCUGUCCAACGACGAGGAACUCGAUCAGAACAUUCGAAACUGGGUUCUCUGGGACAGAAACGAGGCGACUCUGGCCCAGGUGCUGACUGCGGUACACGAUCAAGAUUGGGAUGCGCUGCGGAUUCGACUGUGCCACCGACUACCCUUUGGCACCACCGGGAUCAGGGGCGGAAUGCGGGCUGGAUUUGAUUCCGUCAACGAUGUGGUCAUCAUUCAGGCCGCCCAGGGGAUCUGCGCCUAUCUGGUGGACAUCUAUCCGAGUCUCCAGAAGCGCUCCCAGUCGGGCGUGGUCAUUGGAUACGACGGGCGGUACAAUAGCAAGCGAUUCUCCCAGCUGAUGGCCGCCGUUUUCCUCAACAACGACUUCAGGGUCUACCUGUUCCGCCGCAUGGUACCGACGCCCUUUAUUCCCUACACCGUCGUGGCUCUUAACUGCCUGGCGGGCUUGGUGAUCACAGCCUCGCACAACCCCAAGGAGGACAACGGCCUCAAGGUGUUUUGGACGAACGGAGCUCAGGUGACGUCGCCCCACGACAAACGGAUCCACGAGUACAUACUCAACAAUCUGGAGCCGAAGCCCUCGUCUUGGGAGCUUUCCGCACUGGAUGACCACCCCCUGCUGGAGGAUCCGUACCGCAGGGUGUACCCACUGUUCUUUGGAUCGCUGAAGAAGCUCCUGCCACCGGUUUAUCUGGAGAACAACGAGUGCAGUCAACUGAGGUUUGUCUACACACCGCUGCAUGGUGUUGCUUUUCCCUUCAUGAGGGAGGCCUUCUACCAGGCAAGGCUGAAGCCUCUGAUCGCAGUUCCCGAGCAGAAAGAUCCCGAUCCAGAGUUUCCAACUCUUGUCCGGCCGAAUCCGGAAGACGGCAAGGAGGCCCUCCGCCUGGCCAUUGUGAAGGCCGAGGCGGAGCACUGCACCAUUGUCCUGGCCAACGAUCCUGAUGGCGAUCGUCUGGCUGUCGCAGAGCUGGAUCCCCGUGGGCGCUGGAAAAUCUUCACUGGCAACGAACUGGCUGCCCUUCUGGGAUGGUGGGCACUGGAGAGCUACAAGGUCCGGACGCCCAAGCCGGCUGUGAGCAACUGCAUCAUGAUUGCCACGAUGAUCAGCUCCAAGAUCCUGGCGGCCAUGGCGCGAGUAGAGGGCUUCAUCUUUGUGGAGGGCAUGGUGGGCUUUCCCUGGAUGGCGAAUCGAGCCCUGGAGCUCCAGAAUUCCGGCCGGACAGUGCUCUUUGUGUUCGAGGACUGCUUCGGCUACAUGUUCGGAAUGACCCUGCCGGAUAAGGACGGCAUUGCCGCAGCCACACAACUGGCCACCAUGGCCUGUUACCUGCGCAGCAACCGGAACAUAACCUUGAUCGAGAAACUCCGGGAAAUCUACGACGCCUAUGGAUACCACGAAAUGAUCUCGGUCACCUACAGUGGUGAUGAAGCGGACACGAUCUCUGCCCUGUAUACGCGCUUGAGGAACUUUGAUGGGGAGGGCAACUAUCCCAAGUGCAUAUUGGACGACGAGUUCGCGGUGGUUCAUGUCCGUGACUUGACCACCGGUCUAGAUACAUCUUUUUCGGAUAAAAAGGCCCGAUUGCCCGUCAAUCCUGAGUCCAAUGUCAUCACCUUUACCUUCACCCAUGGCUAUGUCGUCAGUCUGCGUAGCGCGCCCAAUGAUUUCCGGAUAAAAUUGAAUGCGGAAAUCGCCGGCCUGCCGGAGGAGAAGGAGUGGGACGAGCUGCACGACAAGCUCAAUAGGAUGACCAAUGCGGUGAUCGAGGAAUUUCUCAGUCCAGAGCAGAACGGUCUCUCCCAGGCGCCCUACGCCAAUUACUCGUAGUUUUUGCCAAACUGGAAUAGUGAUUUUUGAACCAAAUAAGUAUGCUAUAGCUUCUGAAACAAGUACCGGAUAUGAGUGCCUUCUGAAACAAGCCUUGUGGUGGCUUCUAUUAAAGUGAUGUGAAAAUUU